CAGGACACCUCUGGCACCUACUACUGGCACAUCCCCACCGGGACCACCCAAUGGGAGCCCCCCUCGGCAGGAAACACCCCCACCCGGGAGACACAGCUCACCUGGAUGGACUUUGGACAGACGGAGGCAGCUCCCGAUCCAGACUUCUGGAAAGAGGUGCCGCCGGAGGGGGCAACCCCGACUCUCCGUGGAUGAGGGGCCGCCCAGCUCAGCCUUGGCGUCUUCCGGCGUACGAUCUUCCCUGGAAGCCGGAGGGGAGGAAGCAGCCGGGCUGCUGGGACUUUCCCCGGGAUCGAAGUGCUUCUCCGUCCACUCACUGGGCUGGGUGGAGAUGGCCGAGGAGGAGUUGGCCCCCCGGAGCGCAAUGGCCGUCAACAACUGCAUCCGGCAGCUGGCCGGGCGGGAGCUGGCUGGGGGCUCCUGGGCGGAGGGCAAGGCCAUGCUGCUGGUGCUGGAGGAGCGGCUGAAGCUGCUGGAGCCGCAGGAGCGGAAGCUGCACUGCCUGCCUAUUUCGGCCAUCUGGGUCUGGGUCGGGCGGGACAGUGGAAGGGCGUUUGCCUACGUGGCCCAAGACCAGCUGGCUCAGAUGCUGAAGUGCCACGUCUUCUGGUGCGAUGCCCCUGCCAAGAACAUCGCCAGCAGCCUCCACGAAAUCUGCUCCAAGAUUGCGACAGAGCGGCACAGCGCCCAGAGUUCCCUCCGGGGCCUCUCCCUGGACCCUUCCAAGAUGGUCGAAAUCCCCUUCCAAGUUGAGUUUCCAGCACCCAAAAGUGAAUCGGUCCAGAAAUUCCAGGUUUCCUACCUGGGGAGCAUUUCCGUGGCCAAGCCCGUGGGCAUGGAGGUCAUCAACAGUGCCCUGGAGACGGCCCUGUCGUCCGGCAGCAAGGAGCAGUGGGCACCUGCCCAAUUCAGCGUGGCACCAGCCACCCUCACCCUCACCCAUCAGCAGACCGAGACCGUGCUGUGCGAGUGCCGCGUGCGCUUCCUCUCCUUCAUGGGCAUCGGGAAGGAUGCCCGCUCCUUCGCCUUCAUCAUGGCUGCUGCCGCCGGCAGUUUCUCCUGCCACAUGAUCUGGUGCGAGCCCAACGCUGCGGGGCUGAGCGAAGCCGUCCAGGCUGCUUGCAUGCUCCGCUACCAGAAAUGCUUGGACGCGCGGCCCCAGUCCACCGGCAGCUCCUGCCUUCGCCCUCCUGCCGACUCCGUGGCUCGCCGCGUGGGCUCCAUCCGGAAGGGCAUCCAGGCCCUGCUGGGGACCCUCCAACCCAAGCACCAGGGUCUCAGACGCCGUGAGCUCCAGGCAGGAGAAAGGGGCACCUGCCCACCCAGCCGGACCCUCCAUGCCAGCCGUGCCCCUGGCCUCUGUCAUCAGCCUCGCAGCGCCCAGCCUGCCCUCGUGCGCGGUGCGUGUGUUUCUGCAUGGAUGCCAGGGGUCUAUUGACGAGGGCGGCGUGGAUCUCCACGGGCGUCCACCUUCAUGCCAGUGGGGGAGGAGAGGGAGGGAGGGCUCCUCUUUGGGCG